GUCAUGGCCAAGAGUCCUCGUGCCAUGAGUCGUGGCAGCGUGAGUCCUGAGGGGAUUCUGAGAGAGAUCCAGAUCAACUUGCUGGAGUGUAAAGUCUGCUUCGAGAAGUUCAGCACUCAGCAAAGGGAGCACAGGCCUCAGAGCCUUUCCUGUGGCCAUGUACUCUGUCUGGAAUGCAUCACAGCUCUGUCCCACCCUCUCCUAAGGAAGCUGGAGUGCCCGUUCUGUCGACAGCUGUGCAGCGUUGACGGCACUUCCCACUGCCAGGUUCUUAGUGACCUGCAGGAGCUGUUGUUGCCUUGGUGUCCCACAUCUUCUGCUCCUCCUCGCGGGGCAAAGGGAGGCGCUGGCUCGGCUGUAGGUCUGGCAGCCACAGCUCUUCGCCUCUGCACACUUUUUGGCGGGUGGGGGACUCUCAUUAACCCCACUGGGAUAGCCGUUUUGGGCUCCUCAGGGACAACAGUAGUGGUGCAUGAUGGGGAGGAUAGGGUGGUGGUGUUCAGUCCACAGGGCAAGAAGUUGCAUAGUUUUGGGCGAAGAGGACGAGCCAGCGGGGAGAUCUGUUACCCAGUGGAUGUGACGGUGACUCCCUGUGGUCACGUGGUGGUCACUGAUGCAGGAGAUAAAGCUGUGAAGGUUUUCACGUCUAGGGGGAGCCACGUGUUGACAGUGAAAGAUUGCUUCCUGAUGCCCUGGGGUGUGGACACAGACAGCGGUGGGCACAUCCUGGUCUCGGACGUCCAGGCUGGUACGCUCUCCCAGGUAAAAGUGGACUACACCCAUGGUUUCAUUCUGGAGCAUCGAACAGCCAUUUCAGACCUCCAGCAUCCAAAAGCAGUGGCCUGCUGUCAGGAGAGUGGGAACGCUGCAGUGAUCGAGCAUUUACCUCACGACACACAUCCACAAGGGAGGCAGAAACACGCAAGACUGAGAGUGUUUUCAAAAGACUUCCACCUGCUUUAUCAGACAGACAGUUUCAGCCUGACCCUGCAGUGUACAGUGAGGCUGAACAUGUCAGGAGUGGCCUUCGACAGAGAUGGAGAUGUGAUCGUGAUUGACUCCAGUCACGGGAUGAUCUGGAGUAUGGGGAAGCUCCAGAAUGGCCCGGCCCUGACUCCUCUGGUGGGGGACCACCUUAUCCGCCCAGCUGGACUCGCGUUACUGAACGAAACGCUGGUCAUUCUGGACAGCGGAGACCACACAGUGAAGAUUUAUUCUGCUAAAUCUGAUGCUGGGCCCAUCAUAUAGCUCAUGUAUGAACAGGCCAGAGUAGCCGAUGUGAAAUGUAGCUUAUCAUAAAGUGAUUAGGUGAUCUGCC